AAGAAGGGGGUUUCUGGUCACAUACCAGUACCACUGAGAACAGUUUUGCUACCAGAUCUGUUGCCUAAAGCAAUAAAAAAUGGCCAGAGGAUCAGUAUCCGAUGAAGAAAUGAUGGAGCUCAGAGAAGCUUUUGCCAAAGUUGAUUCUGAUGGCAAUGGGUACAUCAGCUGCAAUGAGCUGAAUGAUUUGUUCAAGGCUGCCUGCUUGCCUCUGCCUGGGUACAGAGUGAGAGAAAUUACAGAAAACCUGAUGGCUACAGGUGACCUGGACCAGGAUGGGAAGAUCAGCUUUGAUGAGUUUAUCAAGGUUUUUCAUGGCCUGAAAAGCACAGAGGUUGCCAAGACCUUUAGAAAAGCAAUCAAUAAGAAGGAAGGGAUUUGUGCGAUCGGGGGCACUUCAGAGCAAUCUAGUGUUGGGACCCAACACUCCUAUUCAGAGGAAGAGAAGUAUGCCUUUGUCAACUGGAUAAACAAAGCCCUGGAAAAUGACCCCGAUUGUCGGCAUGUCAUCCCAAUGAAUCCAAACACCAAUGAUCUCUUCAGUGCUGUUGGAGAUGGCAUUGUCCUUUGUAAAAUGAUCAACCUAUCAGUGCCGGACACAAUUGAUGAAAGAGCAAUCAACAAAAAGAAACUCACCCCUUUCACCAUUCAGGAGAAUCUGAACCUGGCUCUGAACUCUGCCUCAGCCAUCGGCUGCCACGUGGUUAAUAUCGGGGCUGAGGACUUAAAGGAGGGGAAGCCUUACCUGGUCCUGGGACUGCUGUGGCAGGUCAUCAAGAUUGGGUUAUUUGCCGACAUCGAACUCAGCAGAAACGAAGCACUGGCCGCUCUUUUGAGAGAAGGGGAGAGUCUGGAGGAUUUGAUGAAACUCUCCCCUGAGGAGCUCCUGCUGAGAUGGGCUAAUUACCACCUGGAAAAUUCAGGCUGCAACAAAAUCAGCAACUUCAGCAGUGACAUCAAGGACUCAAAAGCUUAUUACCACCUGCUUGAACAGGUGGCUCCAAAAGGAGAUGAAGAAGGUAUUCCUGCUGUUGUUAUUGACAUGUCAGGACUGAGGGAGAAGGAUGACAUCCAGAGGGCAGAGUGCAUGUUGCAGCAGGCGGAGAGGCUGGGCUGCCGGCAGUUUGUCACAGCUACAGAUGUUGUCCGAGGGAACCCCAAGUUGAACUUGGCUUUUAUUGCCAACCUCUUUAACAAAUACCCUGCCCUGCACAAACCAGAGAACCAGGACAUCGACUGGGGGGCUCUUGAAGGUGAGACAAGAGAAGAGCGGACAUUUAGGAACUGGAUGAAUUCCUUGGGUGUAAACCCUCGAGUCAACCAUUUGUACAGUGACUUAUCAGAUGCCCUGGUCAUCUUCCAGCUCUAUGAAAAGAUUAAAGUCCCUGUUGAUUGGAACAGAGUAAACAAACCACCAUACCCCAAACUGGGGGGCAAUAUGAAGAAGCUUGAGAACUGUAAUUAUGCAGUGGAACUGGGGAAGAAUCAAGCGAAAUUUUCUCUGGUUGGCAUUGGUGGACAAGAUCUCAAUGAAGGAAACCGCACCCUGACAUUGGCCUUGGUCUGGCAGUUAAUGAGAAGGUACACACUGAAUAUUCUUGAAGAACUUGGAGGUGGGCAGAAGGUCAACGAUGACACUAUUGUCAACUGGGUGAAUGAAACAUUAAAGGAAGCGGAGAAAAGUUCAUCCAUCUCCAGUUUCAAGGACCCAAAGAUUAGUACAAGUCUGCCCGUCCUGGAUCUCAUUGAUGCCAUUCAACCAGGUUCCAUUAACUAUGACCUCCUGAAGACAGAAAACCUGAAUGAUGAAGAGAAACUCAACAAUGCAAAGUAUGCCAUCUCUAUGGCCCGAAAAAUUGGAGCAAGAGUAUAUGCCCUUCCAGAAGACUUGGUUGAAGUGAACCCCAAGAUGGUCAUGACAGUGUUUGCUUGCCUCAUGGGGAAAGGAAUGAAGAGGGUGUAAGGCCCAGCGGGCAGGACUGGAGGCGCACAUGCGUUUCUGACUGCUCAGCACUGGGUGCUCCCAGGAAACACGGGGACAAGUCAAACCAUUCCAACGUUUUCAACUUGGUGACAUUAUACAAGGUUCCAAACAAAAUGUGUAUCUGUUCAGCCAAGUAGCCUUCGUGUAUUUAACAAAAAGUGCUUUAUUCUUUGCAAAAGAC